AUGAUUGACGAAAGAGCUCAUGGCAUUAAAGAGGAAGCCGGUUCCGCUUUCGACUCUUCCAUCCGUACCCCAGCCGUUGUCUUUGCCGAUAGCGCAACUGCUACUGCCACCUCUGGCGUUCCUGUGAGGAGUUCCUGCUUCGUGUACUUUAUUGUUCCGCUGGUGUAA